GGGCAAAGUGUGAAAAUUAUGGGGUAAAACAGAUCGAAGUUCCAUAUAAAAAGCCAAUCUCUUGCUAAAUGUCAUUCUAUAUUUAUUAGUCUAUUAUCAAACAACUCAAUUCAAGUUUAUUUCUAAUCCAAUUCCAACUCCAGUUAUUACUAUUACUAUUGCUUCGAAUUCACUCAAUUAUUAUACUACUCAAUUACACUUAACACUUCAUAAUGGGUAAAACUAAUAAAUGGCAAAUAAAUAAAGAAAAUGAACCAAAGUAUUUCACGCACAAUCAUCCAAAUCAAGAUCCAACCAAAAUCAAGAAAAAUGGUGCAGGAAAAAACAAUUGGGGCACUUCAGAAGAUCAAUUCAAUGAAUUGGUAGAUGAGGGUUUGGUUAAUUCAUUCAAAACAAGACGGGGUUCUAACCAUAUUCAAAAUUCAAAAAAAUUUGACGAAUUGUCUAAAUUAAACUAAUAAAGAUUAUAAACUAUGAAACUUAUGAUACAAAAUUUUCAAUUCAAAAUUUAUUUUUAUUUUUACUUUUAUUAAGCCUAUUUCUAUAUAACAUUGAUUAAUAACUUGUUUUUCUUUUUUAUUUUUUUAUUUCCUUACUGCUUGUUUGUUAUUU